CAGUUGUUCAACAUAGAAGAGCACUUUUCGGGGCACUGAUGUCAAGGAUAGGAAGCAAUACUUCAUUACCAUCAAUUUUAAUGCAUGAUCAGGAUUCCGCAACCCAAAUAGUGAAUACUAAUAAUUUAUCAGAAAAUAAUCAUGUUGCUCAAAUUUCUCCCUUAAAAUUAACUCCAGUAAAAACAACUAUUACAGAAUGCAAUUUAGAAGUAAAAGGAAAUGACACAUCUUCUGAAGCACAAAAUUAUACGCGCACUACAAAGAGCAAUAAAGUACAAUAUGCAGAAAUCGUUUCAACUAUUAGUACACUUUAUGCAAAGUUAUUAAUAGUCGUGGGAGUUGCCAUUCCAGUAACAGCAAGUGUUAGUCAAAAGGUACCUCCUAUAUUAGCACAGGGAUUUUACAUCUACCUUUACAUGGUUAGUGUUAUUUUCCUCAUUACUUUGUACAUAAGCCUACUGAGAGAGAAGGCUGUGAAAAAUUUGCUCGAAAAACAUGUCAAACGAGAUGGAAUAUUUCUCGGAGAAGAUUACAAAGAAGCCACCAAAAAUGUAUUUCAUCGUCGUCAAGCUCAGCAAUACGGGAGCUUCUGUUUGCGACUGGGCACAGUUGGUUUUGGAGCAGGGUCGUUAGUGUUUACAGGAUUGCAAAUUGGUGCGGAAAUAGCAUCCGAACCAUUCAGAGCUAUUACCCCUGCGGCGAGGCUUCUACUGGUCAUGGCUCAGAUGCACUUUAUAUUUUUGAAUAGCAAAAACUUGGAGCUAACAAAACAUGGGGCCCUUGCCAAAUUGGGUCUGAUGCACAUGAUUGCCACGAAUCUUUGCGAAUGGCUGCAGGCUCUGGUAGAGGAAACGCAGCAUGAGAUCGCCCAAUUGGAACACGCGCACGAGGGUGACGACGGUAUCCUAAAAACCCUUCUCAGGGAUGCGAGCCCUUUCCUAUUUCCAUGCACGAUCGAGUUCAGUCUGAUCUGCGCGGUGAUCCUCUUUGAAAUGUGGAAGCGAGUGGACAAAAGAGUUACUGCCAAACACGAAUUUUCAUCCAGGUCCCUUCAUCAUCUCAGCAUUGACUGUGGAAGUGCACACAGAGGUCUGUUUGGUGGCAUUCUGAUAAUGGCAGCAACUGUACUGAGCCUCAUCAUGUUUUUCGUACUGAAGGAUUCGAAACCAAAGAUAGCUAUUCAGCAAGUUACAGCACUUGAAAUAGCGAUACAGAUCUCAGGUGCUUUAGCCGCUGUUGGUGCAGCUCUCAAGUUAAGAAAUCUGGAGCACAAGAACACGAAGCCUCCGCGACUAGACGCCACUUUAUUAGCAGCAGCUCAAGCUGGAGUCUAUCUGCACAGCUUCUUUGGCGCUGUCGGAGGGAUCCUCACGCGAGGGCCUAUAUGGGGCCUCCUUCUGGGCUUGGACUUCCUCGCUCUACUUCAAAGUACCAUGCAAACUUUGCUCAUCAAGAUCGCCUGGAGAAGAAGGUCGGCGACGAAAGAGAAACCGGGCAAGGAGUUGAUUACGUUCUUGAUUGUCGUCAACAUCGCACUCUGGACAGUCAACACAUUUGAAAAAUCAAAAGCAGGUGUGAGGCCUGAUCAUUUGAAAUUUUUUGGUGUUUGGGCCUGGACAAUCAUUAUUCAUGUUUCAAUGCCUUUAGCUAUAUUCUACAGAUUUCAUUCCGCCAUUUGUCUUUUUGAAGUUUGGAAAAGUUGUUACAAGUACAGGCCUUUUGGCAGUCACAAUCAUUGUGAAAUUGGGGAUCCUACUGCUGCCCCGGAGACAAUCUUCACAGAAGAUCCGUUUAUGAAUAUUCUGAAAAAAGUUCAUAAUGAAAGUAUUGGACACAUGGAUAAGCUCGUGAACACAUUACGUUCUAAUAUUGAGGCUACAGUUACAGAUUUGAAGCAAAAAGGAGUAAAUAAAAGCUUUGACUACUGUUGGGAUCAAUUUAGCAGAUUUGCUGAGAUCCAACAGAAGGCACUUAAUACAAUGAAAACCCAGUGUUAUGAUAAAGCAGCUGUAAAUCGUGAAACAAAGUUUGUAGAAACGUGCUAUAGUCUUCAAGUUAAAUCAUUCGAACGCCAGGAAAUAGGACAUCGUAGAUAUGCUAAGUUGUGCAUUUAUAAUAACCUCGAAUAUUUGGGUAAAAAAAGAGAUUCAUUAUAUCAUGUUACAUGGUGA